GUUUUUCAGUGUCCAAAGUUGUAAGUGCAUAGCUAUGGCUAUGAUGAUGUCCGAAGUGUCUAUGGAUGAUGCUCCACAGAGCGGGGCUUCAGUGGCCUUGGUCUUUGCUUUCACUUGCUUCUGGGCGGAUUCUUGCCUUAUUUGCCUUGGGCUGAACUUCAUCCCCGGACUGGUGACAAUGCUGAGCCUGGCAUGUCUCAUAGUCGUGUGCCGCAUCGUGGUGCCUGCGAAUCACAGCGAAGAAGAUGAAGAGCAACCCGCAAAUCUUCCUCGCAAGCAGGUUUGGGCCUCAGUGAACCUCGCCAGCCUGAAUGCGAGCCCUCCGGACUUUCACCUCGUCCAGUUCCAUCGACCUGCCGGUAGUUCCGAACAGCUUAUGAAAACAGUGCUCUGGCAAGUAUCGGUGCCUUCAGCAAAGGCACCAUGCGAACAGCUGACCUGCAGCUGCUGUAUGGAUGAUUUCAGACCUACGGAUCCUUUGGCACUGUUACCGUGCGGACACGUCUUCCACGAGGAGUGUGUGAUGAAGUGGUUCCUUACCGACGCGUCCGCGGGUGCAUGCACAAUGCACUUGGCGGAGCGGGCGUACUUGAUCGGCUCUGACAUGCCUGACUUCCUGGGUAGGAAGUUGCUCACAGUGGAGAGGACGAAGAACGUUGUUGGUGCAACUAGCUUGAAGGAAAAUGCGCUGCCCUUCGCAAGCCACGCGUGGACUGGAUGUGCUGCAGCCUUUGGCUUGCAGAAGAUUGGCUGCCAGGAGAUUACUCUCUGGAUUAGUUUGACUUGCUUCCUGUGCUUGUCAGCUCGCAUGCUCACCCUGAGCGCCUCCGAGCCAGACUUGCCAGAGUUUGGCAGCUUCAGACCUCGAAGGCAAGUGUGGUCUUCCAUGAAGUUCUCCACUACAAACAUGCCUCCGCCGCAGUUCCACCUUAUUCAGUUUGAUAAGCCCUUCAGUGACGCCAGCCGACCAGUGAAAACUGUACUGCGGAAAGUGUGCGUACCAGCAGAACCUCGAGUGGUUCCGCAGCUGACCUGUGCAUGCUGUUUGGAUGAUUUCUCGACAAACGACCUGGUGGCCUUGCUGCCCUGCGGACAUAUCUUUCAUGAGGAGUGUGUCAUGAGGUGGUUCCUGACUACAGCGUACGACGGUGCCUGCCCUAUGUGUCGGGCGCGCUCCGUGCACCAUGCUAUCAGUGUCUCCGGGCCAUGA